AUGAUGUCGGCGGCGGCUUUCAUGUCUCACAGGCCUCUCACUGCAUUCAAAACUUAUCAGCACUCCAAUGUAUUGUCUUGUUUUCCGCCGGUUUCGUCCGUUUCUUCGUCGUCUUCUUCUGUUGAUGCCGAAUAUGCUCCAAGAAAUCGACGAAUGGUUUCUUGUGCAUGCGUCGCUCCGCCUCAAAAUCACCAGCCUGCAAACUUUAAGGGUGCUCACAAGAUGUAUAAUUCGAGCAUCAACGAGGAGGAUGAGGAUGCAUCCGAUGUACUCAUUGAAUGCCGAGAUGUCUACAAAUCCUUUGGGGAAAAGCACAUACUAAAAGGUGUGAGCUUUAAGAUUAGGCAUGGAGAGGCUGUCGGGAUUAUUGGCCCAUCUGGGACAGGGAAGUCAACCAUCUUGAAGAUUAUGGCUGGGCUUCUUGCUCCAGACAAGGGAGAGGUAUUGAUUCGCAGCAGAAGACGACACGGGUUGAUCAGUGAUGAGGAAAUUUCAGGCCUAAGAAUUGGCUUGGUUUUUCAGAGUGCAGCACUGUUUGAUUCUCUCACUGUUCGUGAAAAUGUCGGGUUUUUGUUAUAUGAAAAUUCAACUAUGCCAGAGGAUAAAAUUGCCGAACUCGUCACUGAGACUCUAGCUGCUGUUGGACUAAAGGGAGUUGAAGAUCGAUUACCUUCAGAAUUGUCCGGUGGGAUGAAAAAGAGAGUUGCGCUUGCUCGUUCCAUCAUUUUUGAUCCAACAAAGCAUGUGAUUGAGCCUGAGGUGCUUCUAUAUGAUGAGCCAACAGCUGGUCUGGAUCCUAUUGCAUCAACUGUUGUUGAAGAUCUCAUUCGCUCGGUUCAUAUGAAAGGUAAGGAUGCACUUGGGAAGCCUGGGAAGAUUGCGUCCUAUGUGGUAGUCACUCAUCAACAUAGCACAAUCAAAAGAGCUGUUGAUAGGCUGUUGUUUUUGUAUGAAGGAGCAGUUGUUUGGCAAGGAAUGACUCAUGAAUUCUCCUCCUCAACGAAUCCAAUUGUUCGACAGUUCGCAUCGGGGAGCUUGGAUGGGCCAAUUAGGUAUUAGGUAUGACAAGGCCCAUAUCCGUGGCAGACAGGCAGAGUUUUCUUAACUAGGCUAUUUGAAAAUUUCCAUCUCCAUGUAUUUGCCCUACAGUUGAGUUCAAAGGAAUUUCAUAAUUUCAUUUCUGUGGUAUCAAAUGAUGUUUUCCAUUUUAUUUUUUAA